CAAGAGUUUAAAUAGCCAACCACAACCACACACACUCCUUUAAACCACAAGUUUACCAGAAGACGAGGAAGGUGACACCAUCAGGACAUUACAGGACACAAUACCUGACAGUGAGAGACGACAUGAUGAAGAUCAAACUGCUUCUGCUGAUCUGGACUGCAUCUGUGAACAGCCUGCCGUGGCAAGCCUCCCCCCUGUCUGGCGUCAGCCCCUGGGGGAUAGGAGCGGGUCACGAGAGAGGAGAGGACCCAGACGGCAGCUCAGCCCGGACUGGCCAGGACAGUAGAAAGGGGUGGGGUCUCGCCUUAGAGGGGUUUCCGGGAGUCACGCCUACCACGUUCCCUCAACCAACCAGAGGACAGGACAGUGGCCCCUCUCCCAGACCUACUUACGUGAGGAGGGGGCGUAGUCUCAAGGUUGAUGACAUCGCCAGCAAUGACAUUACAGAGGAGGAGCUGACAACGUCCUAUAAAACUCUUCCUGGUUACAGUGAGGACCGGUUGCUAGGGGAGGAGUUUGGUGAUUAUGGGAUGCAGAGGGACUCACCCGGCAGUGAAUCGCAUACCGGGAAAGACUCGACAGAUCACAAUGACUCCUCCAAAUCAAGUGAUUCAGUUGACUCUAACACCUCUAGUGAUUCAAGCGAUUCCUCCAAGUCAAGUGACUCUAACACCUCUAGUGAUUCAAGCGAUUCCUCCAAGUCAAGUGACUCUAGUGAUUCAAGUGAUUCCAGCGACUCAAGUGAUUCAAGUGACUCUAGCGACUCUAGCGAUUCAAGCGACUCUAGCGACUCUAGCGACUCUAGUGACUCUAGUGAUUCUAGCGACUCUAGCGACUCAAGCGAUUCUAGCGACUCAAGUGAUUCUAGCGACUCAAGUGAUUCUAGCGACUCAAGUGAUUCUAGCGACUCUAGCGACUCAAGUGAUUCUAGCGACUCAAGUGAUUCUAGCGACUCAAGUGAUUCUAGCGACUCAAGUGAUUCUAGCGACUCAAGUGAUUCUAGCGACUCUAGCGAUUCAAGUGACUCUAGUGAUUCAAGUGACUCUAGUGAUUCAAGUGAUUCUAGCGACUCAAGUGAUUCUAGUGACUCAAGUGAUUCUAGCGACUCCAGCGACUCAAGUGACUCUAGUGAUUCAAGUGACUCUAGUGAUUCAAGUGACUCUAGUGAUUCAAGUGAUUCUGGCAAUACAAGUGAGUCAAGCAACUCUAGUGAUUCUAAGUGAUUCUAAAAGUUAAAGUGAAUCAAUCUCCACAGACAAAUAACGGCAGUGACUCUAGUACCAGCUAGGCAGCGAGAGACAGAGAGGAGAGAGAGACAACAAGACAGAGAAAGACAGAGGAAGAGAGAGAGAGAGAGAGAGAGACAGAGAGAGAGAGAGAGACAGAGAGGG